AAAGGAAGUGCAAGGAGCUGAAAUAGUUGUGUCGGUGUGCAUUCGUCGGACAAACUCGCUUUGAAAUAUAAUUGAUACAGAAGUUUGAAAGCCGUUGAAAUAAUCAUUACCAAAAAAAGAUAAAUUGCUCUUAAAUCAUGGUAUUUACCGCAGCAUUCGAGAUGCUGCAAGCUGGCUAGUUACCUUCUCGAACCGUUGUAUACCGACUAGCUAGCUUGUGAGUGUUGCAACUAUUUAGUGUACUCGUUUUUAGCUAAAUGUGUCGCGGAUCCGUUUAACUAAUUUGAAUGGUGGCCAGAUUAAGUUCAAACGUGUUUUGGAGUUGAAGUGUUGCCUACUUUGCUUGAAUGGUGUUGACGAAGCAGCGCUAGCUAAUGUUAGUUUCCAAUAAGACUUCACUGCGCCAUCCCACUUUCAUACUACUAGUGAUAACUGCCCCUUGAUGAUGGUUCUACUGACUAAUCUUUAUAUUUCUGGGAAUUAUCUUUAGUGUUUCACCCGAAUACAGCUGAACAUUUGUAUCAUCUAUCUACAAACGCUUUGUCCUUUGGGCCUGGAUUGCUGCCAGAUGGUUAAUGUGUCACUGUAAAAUGACCUGACACGCAGUCUUCACAAUCAACAGACAAUGGCGAGAAUAGCAUGGUAUCAAGAGAAGAUUGGUGCCUAUGACCAGCAGGUCUGGGAGAAAUCUCUAGAGCAAGCUGAACUUAAUGGUAUUGACAGUAAGCCAAAGAAGUCUGGUCACAUCAAGCCAGACCUCAUUGAUGUUGACUUAGUAAGAGGCUCAACAUUCAGCAAGGCCAAGCCAGAUAGUCCAUGGACAGCACUGACCCGAAAGGGUCUGGUCCGAGUGCUCCUCUUCCCAUUCUUCUUCCAGUGGUGGAUCCAGGUGACCUCAAAGUCCAUCUCCACUUGUAUCCUAGUGCUCUACUUGAUGCAAGUGGCAGCAGCAGUGUUGUAUGUGGAGGUUCCUGCAGCCAGUGCUAGUGAGCUGUUCGGGCCCAUGUGUCUGAUGUUGUUACUGGGGACAGUCCACUGCCAAAUAGUGUCCACGGAGUCCAACCGGAGCCCUUCAGCCAGCCCUGGCAGCAGCAGCCCUGCACGCAGGAGGAGGCCAAGGAAGGGUAGAGGACUGAAGAGAACAGAGGGACAUGGGAAUGAAAGGGACAUUGAGCCUUGGCAGCUGGAAGAAGUCCAGAGACUGUACAGAUCAGAAGAAAGAAGGACCAGUCAAACAAAGUCAGGCUUUGGAGCCUCUGAUGAGCUUUCUAGUGAUGAAGAGGUGGAAGCUAAACUGCCCAAAGGUGUAGCUGGACCUACACCUGCAUCUAUCCUCAGGAAGAGACACCUUCAUUCCUUCUCAGGCCCCUCACCUGCUCAGGAUGACAGUGGUGGAGGUGCCAUGGAUGCUAAGGUGAAACGUUGUGAUGUGGAACGCCUGAGGCAAGCCUCUGAUACAGAUGACACAAUGUGGGAGGAGCUUCUUCAGGAGCCUGACUCUGCCUCCACUGGUAGCAGUGACAGCGAGGAGGAGGGGCGGUACUGCCCAGGCCUGACCCUUCCCCCAUCCGCCACCCUCAGCAGUGAUGAUGAGAACCUACAGCAGGGCCAGCUGUCGUGGCUUCAGGCAUGCCACCCAUCCAGAGACCGGGUCAGUGCCAUCAUCUGGGAGCAGGGCGAAUGCAAGAAAGCAGACAUGUCAGUACUGGAGAUCAGUGGAAUCAUCCUCACACGGGUGAAGGUGGUGGAGCAGGGCAUGGGUUACCUAGCCCUGGGAGGGCUGGUCACAGCCACACUGUCACUUCUCCCCUUUGGCUUCCGGCUGGCUCAGCGGCUGGACGUGACCCGCCUGAGCGCCCUGACUGCAGCAGACCUAGCUGUCAUGGCUGUGGGGCAGCCUGACGCCCACACGUACGCUUUCUUCUUCAUCACCACCGUGGAGAGGGUCUGCCUCACGGGGCUCUUCUUCUUCAUGGUGUGUGUGGCGGAGAGGACCUACAAACAGCGGCUUGUUUUCGCUAAAUUCUUCAACCAUAUCACAUCAGCACGAAAGGCCAAGAUGUCAGAAAUCCCCCAUUUUAGGCUGAAGAAAGUGCAGAACAUAAAGAUGUGGCUGUCGCUCCGCUCCUUCCUCAAGAGACGUGGCCCCCAGCGUUCCGUUGACGUCAUCGUCUCCUCCAUCUUCCUACUGGCCCUUUCCAUUGCCGUCAUCUUGUGUACACAGCUCCUGAACAGUCACCACACAUUCCUGGACUCUGAGACUAAUUGGGAGUUAAUGGUGUGGGGCUCCGCCCUCAUCGUCUUCCUUCUCCGCCUGGCCACUCUGGGCUCCGAGACCAACUGUAAAUACAGCAAUGUAUCAGUUCUGCUGACUGAACAGAUCAACUUGUAUCUUAAGAUGGAGAAGAAGCCCAACAAGAAAGAAAAUUUAAAUAUAGUCAACAAUGUUCUGAAACUUGCAACAAAAUUAAUGAAAGAGCUCGACACCCCCUUUCGACUCCUGGGUUUGACUGUGAACCCUCUUAUCUACAACAUCACACGUGUGGUCAUCCUGUCUGCCGUCUCCGCUGUGGUUAGCGACCUGCUCGGCUUCAACAUCCGAUUGUGGAAGAUCAAGCCUUAAUGUGAAUGUGCUAAACCACAACCUGUUGGACACUGUAGACUGCCAACACCUAGCAUCCACAGCUGGCCAUCUGUGCAAAGUGUGCCAACCUACUGAGUAUGAUUGCCUCUGCAUCAAACCUACUGAGUGAUUCCCUCUGCAUCACAGUGCCUUCCCAGGAACAUUCAACGUUCCUCCUACAAUGUGAUUGUACACAAGCAUGAGUUCUUGACAAUCAGUAAUUCAUACAUUGUUGGCGACAUAAUCAUUGUGGCCUGAACCCAUCUGCUGCAGCUUUUCUAGUAACCCUGUGCCUGUAUCUGCAUUGGCCAUGGAUCUGACCACUUUCUGGCUCUCACAUGGUGAAACAGUAGCCAAUGGGUGCCUUCGGAACAAUGAGAAAUUUGCCGAACAUUUGAAUGUGAUCUGCUUCAAGAUAUGAAGAAAGGGUAGUAUAGCUUAGGAAAAAAAGAAUGAACAAAUGUAUUAAAAGAUUUGACAUUCCACAGUGGUUUGACGUUUAGACUUUCAAAUGUAGCUGUUUGUCAGUUUAGAAAACUUUAACAUUUAAAAUUGAUAGGUCUUCAAAAGGGUUCCUGAACUAAAUUGAUUGCUUAUUUUUUAAAUAGGAUAUAUUUAACUCUAAACCUAUGUUGUGAUAUUUAAGUAGAAUUGAAUAGAGCUUCUCUGGCUUUAUUUCGGGUUUGUCAUGUCAUGCUGCAUUCGUAACGUAAGUGGGGAAAUGUAUUUGAAUGGCACUUACUAGUCGGUAACUGGUCUAUCAUCUUUGAGCUCCGGGCGUAUCCACAUGCUGACUUCUGACAUCUACUUAGGAAAUCUAGAUAACAGCAUUUUUCUGCAACAAGAUGUAACAACAAAACCUUUAUAAAAAGCAAUCUAUAAAACUAUUUUGUUUACAAGCA